AUGGUGUCUCCUACGCUACCCACGCUCUUAGGAGGAGCGUUCAUUGUGAGAGUUGGCUUAGGCAUCUCUUUCAAGCAAAAUCCUUUCACCUUCUUGUGGCUCGCGGUUUUGUUGCAGCUGCUUUCUCUGCUUGUUUGGGUGGUUUAUGUGGCACCACGCAUCAGUCGCCUUCGGAAACUGCCUCUAGCAUCCCAAGGACCGUGGUGGAAGACGUUCCUCGUUGAGCCCGGCCCUGAAGAUCUCGAGCAGUUCAUGAACGAGAUUCCUAACGAUGGUUUUAUCCGGUAUUUUGGUACCAAGGAGAUGAUGCUUCUUCAAGCUUAUAAUUACAACAAGAUCCCCAUCGCAACCAAGCUCAUCGGUCAGAUUACGGGUCUUGGAUUGCUGGUUGCUGCCCAGGACGGGCACAAGCGUCAGCGGAAAUCUCUACUACCUGCCUUCAAGUACAAAUACAUCAAAAAUCUAUUCCCUCGAUCCUGGAUGCACACCGCGCAGUCGGUUUCCUCGCUCGACAAGGAGAUAGAUCAGGCUGGCCCGGGUUCGUCUGCUGUUGUAAACGUGGAAAGUUGGAUGAUGUGUGCCACCCUCGACAUUGUUGCGGCGACGGGCUUCGGAGUUGAGAUAAAGGCAAUCGAGAACCCGGAAGGCGAUCUCGCUAGACUUCUGCCUCUAUCGAGUUCAACAAGCCCGGAAGCGACAUUCUUUAGACUCUUGGCAUUUUUGAUGCCCUACUGGCUGUAUGUCCGGCUGCCAAUGGCAAGACGCUAUGAGAUUGAUCGGAUCGUCAAAGCCUUGGACGAUGCCACCUUACCAAUGAUCAGGUCAAGAAGGAAGGCCCUUGCCGGUAGAGAAAGUCUCGAUCCUGACUCGGAGGAAGAGAAAUCCGCCUCUGAUCCUCAAAAGUUCGCUGACACAGAUAUCAUUUCGACUCUAUUGCAAUUCAAGGAGCCUUUUACGGAUAAGGAAUUGGUGGCUCAGUCUGCAACGAUUCUGGCGGCAGGACAAGACACAACAUCUGUCGCUGUUACUUGGGCACUAUAUCUCCUUGCGCACAAUCCACAAGUUCAGUCUGCUUUGCGAGUUGAGAUUCAGACUCAUCUGCCCUCGCCGAGCUCUAGUGAGGAGUCCGUCGACGCACCGCUCAUUGAGUCUCUCCCAUACUUGGCUGCGGUCUGUAAUGAGACCCUCAGACUGUUCCCACCUGCUCCUGUCCUACGGAGACAUGCCGUCAAACCGGAAACGGUCGUGCUUCAUCAGCCAUUGCCCGUGGGGACAAUGCUGAUAACUUCGAUCUGGGGCACACACCGUACCAGGAACAUCUGGGGCCGGGACGCGAAAGAGUUCAAACCUGAGCGCUUUUUGCAAUAUGGCGAAGAUGGAAAGAUGAAGCUUGACCCUCAUGCAGCCUUCCAAGGCGAAGAUGCAACCUACCGUUACCUACCUUUUGGAGCUGGGCCUCGAAGUUGCAUAGGCGAAAGAUACGCACGAGGAGAAUGUGCGACGUUGUUGGCGGGUUUAGUUGGCCGAUUUGAGUGGUCACUCGUCAAUCCUGAUAAGAAAAUGGGCGAAGACAUUAAAAUGAAUUUCGGCAUCGUCUCCAAGCCCGAGGGCGGGUUAAUGCUUCGAGCACAGAAGGUUGAUGGUUGGUGA